UAAAUUUGAACAUUUAUUUGGCUUUCAUGAAAGGAACACAGACUUGAACAAAAAAAUUGGCUACUCAUCUACUUAUUUGGCCAUAUUUGGUAAUUUCCAUUCACAACUUAAAAUUUUCUUCAUCACUACUUUUCCCCCUGUAACUAUAAAACAAUUUCUACUACUUAUUAUUUCUGUAAACAAUAAAGCUAUGAAUAAACAUGAAAGUUGUCUGUCUUUGAAUUCUUCAAUUUAUCGUAAUGCAAUUUAUCGUAAUACUUGAUCUAUUUGUUGCAUUCUGCACAUUAUUCAUUGAAAAAAAACCCUUUCGAAGUUUUUCUUUUGCCCACAAAAACUGUUACAUUUUGAAUGACUUUUUUUCAGUUUUGAAGAAUAUUCAGAAAUGUUCAAGUGAUGAAGCUGCGGUUCUCUUCCCUCUGAACUCUGCUUUCUCAUCUCUCAUCCAUGAGUCCCCCCUCCCUCGUCGGUUGUGGUUGAGGACUUGACACUUGAAGCAUGAUCGCCCGCGUGCGCUCCGCCGCUGAUGCGCGCGCGGCGGAACCCCCCACACAGGAGCGUCACAGCCAGGCUCUCCUCCGCCGGUGCAGCGCCGCGCUGCUCCGCCGUUUCAAACCUGCCUGCGCGCCGCGCCGCUCCUCUCCUCACUUUCCUCCCCACGUCCACGGAAGUAGCUGAAAAGCGGCGCCGUCUCUGCGGACACGUCCACCUGCCGGCUGCCAGCCCGAGCCGGGGCUCCGCACCCAGCGCGGGGGGAGAGAGGUUUCUUCCGUGACAACUUUUAUGAGAAGACAGCCAGUGCUACAUAUCUAGACACCCCCAACUCCGCCUCCCUUCCCUCCUUGGUCGCAGGGUGGACCCAGAGGGCUUGGCUUGAUUCCAGCGAGGAGCCGAUCCUGCAGCCACCUCCAUCACGUCUUCACCGCUGGCUGCGGGGCGGCCCUCGUGGCCGGGAUGCCGCUGUGUGCCUUGCCAGUCCACUGUGGACGGUGAGGGGCAAGAAGAAGGGACUGAGUGCCGGAGACUAAGAGGAGGCGGCCCUCACCACACACCAGACAUGAAUCUUUGCUGGAAUGAAAUCAAACGAAAGUCCCACAACAUUCGGGCGCGGCUGGAAGCCUUCUCUGACAACAGUGGGAAGCUGCAGCUCUCCCUUCAGGAGAUCAUAGAGUGGCUGACAGCCAAGGACGAGGAGCUGUCGGACCAGCUGCCCAUAGGAGGCGAUGUGGGGGCCGUCCAACACCAGAGGGAGUUCCACCAGGCGUUCAUGGAAGAUGUCAAGUCUCGCGGGCCCUUCAUCUACUCCAUUUUAGAGUCAGCUCAGGCCUUUCUCACUCAGCACCCCUUCCAGGAGCCAGAGGAGACCCUGACUGAUGGAAAAGAAGUCUCUCCUCGUCGGCGAAUCUUGAACGCGAGUCGUUCUGUGUGGAAACAGGCAAACGUGGCCAGUGACCUGUGGGAAAAACUGACAGCUCGCUGUGUGGACCGCCACAGACACAUGGAAAGGACACUGGAGCGCCUUUUACAGAUCCAGGCGGCCAUGGAGGAGCUGGCCGGGGCGCUGGAGCAGGCAGAGGGGGUGAGGGAUGCCUGGGAGCCUGUAGGCGACCUCUUCAUUGACUCUCUUCAGGACCACAUUGAUGCUACCAAGUUGUUCAAGGAGGAGCUGACUCAGGUAAAGGAGGGAAUGAAACACAUCAACGACCUGGCUCACCAGCUGGCAAUCUCAGACGUACAUUUGUCCAUGGAGAAUGCCCGCGCUCUCGAACAUCUCAACAACCGCUGGAAAGUGCUUCAGGGUUCCAUAGAGGAGCGGCUGAAGCAGCUCCAGGAUGCACACAGAGACUUUGGCCCUGGAUCGCAGCACUUCCUUUCCAGUUCAGUGCAGAUACCGUGGGAGCGUGCCAUCUCCCCAAACAAAGUGCCCUACUACAUCAACCACCAGGCCCAGACGACCUGCUGGGACCAUCCAAAGAUGACAGAGCUGUACCAAGCGCUGGCGGAUCUGAAUAACAUCAAGUUCUCAGCAUAUAGAACGGCUAUGAAGCUGCGAAGAGUUCAGAAGGCUUUGAGACUGGAUUUAGUGUCACUCAGCGGCCUCUCCGAGGUGUUCCGGGAGCAGGAGGUGCAGCAGGCGGAGCGUCUGAUGGAUGUGGUGGAGGUGAUUCAUGGCCUGACAGCUCUGUAUGAGAAGUUGGAGGAGCAGAGGUCUAUCCUGGUCAACAUUCCUCUUAGUGUCGAUAUGUGUCUCAACUGGCUGCUCAACGUUUACGACAGCGCUCGGAAUGGCAAAAUGCGAUUUCUCAGCUUCAAGAUGGGAUUGGUGUGCUUGUGCAACGCUGACGUCCAGGAGAAAUACAAAUAUUUGUUCCGUCAGGUGUCUGGUUCUGGAGGUUCGACAGACCAGCGCCACCUCAGCCUUCUGCUCCAUGAAGCCAUCCAGAUUCCCCGACAACUGGGAGAAGUUGCUGCUUUUGGCGGCAGCAACGUGGAGCCAAGUGUUCGUAGCUGCUUUCGCAUGGCUCCUGGGAAACCCUCCAUCGAGUUGUCUCACUUCCUGGAAUGGAUGAGCCUUGAGCCCCAGUCAAUGGUUUGGCUGCCUGUCCUCCACCGUGUGACUGCUGCUGAGUCAACCAAGCACCAGGCCAAAUGCUAUAUCUGCAAACAAUGUCCCAUCAGGGGAUUCAGGUAUCGCAGUUUGAAGCAGUUCAAUGUGGACAUCUGCCAGACAUGUUUUCUAACUGGCCGCACAAGCAAAGGAAAGAAGCUGCACUACCCCAUCAUGGAGUACUACACCCCAACAACCUCGGGAGAAAGGAUGAGGGACUUUGCCAAGACUCUGAAGAACAAGUUCAGGUCAAAGCAGUACUUCACAAAGCACCCGCAGAGAGGUUAUCUUCCAGUGCAAUCUGUGCUGGAAGCUGAGAGCUCAGAGACACCGUGCUCUUCACCAAGGCUGCCUCAUGCUGACACGCACAGCAGGAUUGAACAUUAUGCAAGCAGACUGGCAGAAAUGGAAAACCAGAAUUGUUCAUUCUUCACGGACAGCCUGUCUCCUGAUGAAAGCCUGGAUGAAGAUCAGUACCUCCUGCGUCACUCCAGCCCAGCCCUGGAUCAGGACUCGCCCUGCGGACAGCACAUGCUGCUGGCUCACCUGGAGCACCAGGACAAGGAGCAGCUGCAGCACACCCUGGCCCGCCUGGAGAACGAAAACAGGGUGCUGCAAAGCGAGUACAGACGUCUCAAGUGGAAGCACGAAGAGGCCGCAUCCGUGCCCAUGCUGACUGAGGCUGGAGAGGACAGCCUGGGCUCGCCCACAGCAGGGGGGCAGCAGGAUGAGGAGCUCCUGGCCGAAGCCCGGGUCCUGAGGCAACACAAGACACGGCUGGAGACCCGCAUGCAGAUCCUGGAGGACCACAACAAACAGCUAGAAUCUCAGCUGCGCCGGCUCAGGGAGCUGCUGCUACAGCCCAAAGAGGAUUCAGAGGCGAACGGAUCUGAACCGUCGACACUCUCCUCUCCUGUGUCUGGAGGAGGUCACCACGGAGAGCCAGCAAGCAGGGAGACGACGGACACAGAGGCAGCAGGAGAGGACGUGGAGCAGGAACAGGACACCGUGCUGCAGCUCCAGGAGGUCAUCGAGCAGCUGAGAAACGUCUUCCCUUCGGAACCAGGCACCACGUCACACAUUUAACGCUGCGGGUGCUUCCAGCAGCAGAAAGAUGACCCAAGAAGGUGCCAGACAACAGAGGGAGGGUCUCCACGCGGCUGAUUUAGGGCCACAGCGAAGCAGGCCCUGUGACGGCUGCAGCGGCUGUGAUACUCAGUCACUCCUCCUUCAGACUGACGUGCACUAAAAGGCUUUCUCAUGCAAACUGCUAGUGGCUCACCGCUGAUGACCUUCAGCUCCUGUGCUUUCUUGACUUCAGUUGUGUUGAUGAGCCAAAAGGAGCGGAUGUUAGCGGCUAAAAGAUUGGGGAUCAGCCAAAACACUGUGCUUACCAGUAUCUGUGUAGUCAUUCAGAGAUGUGAAGCUUUAUAUCAGUCCACAGCACAAAUUUAACCCUACAAAACAUUUAGGAGAGUGAAAGAGUGAAGGGUAUCUACCUGUACCUUAGAAGUUUGUGUUUCUUUUCCCAUGAAUGUGUCAUCCUGGUUGUUAUGUGUGAGAAUCCACCCUUCACUGACUGAUCUCAUGUUGGCUUGUGGUGGACGUUUUAGUUUCCAGCAAUCCGCAGAAGAAAUUGCUUGCGAGAAUGAAAAAUAGGAUCAGUUAAAUUCACGACAGCCAAAGUGCCCGCUAACACAGCGCCUCUGUACGCGCACACUGUGCUCUGCUAAUCUCCUAAACCGCUUGUCACUCCCAUCGCUCUCACAAAUGAGCUCUUCAGACACACCACACAUGCUGCUACACACAGCCACUAUUUACUGAGCCCCCUUCCCACGUUGCGCACAAGAGCACGAGCGAUGCAAACAGCCCGCAUGAUUAAUAACACGCUGUUCUGCAUCGCACUUUCAGAUUUACGAAGAGCCAUUUCAUUUCUGCAGGGGUUAUGGCAGGCUUUCACUUUCAGACAUUUGAAAGCGUUAACUGAAGUUUCAAUGACGAAACGAACGCCGAUAAAUAUUAACGUCUGCCCUGAGAUCUUAUUCUCCUCCUGCUGUGCAGAGAAAGAGGUGCAGUGUGGGUCUGCCCCGCUCUCUGCAUGGCCAAUUCCAGAGUCCACAGGGGAUGCUGGAGGCACACCGUCAUCACGCAGCCUGACUGACAUCAUCCAUAAUAAUCCCUCAUUCCCUCUGGAGGCUGAACAGCAGCAGCUAUGGACUCUGCACGUACCUAAUUUCCUUUGCUAAUGAACACUCAUUUACAAAAAAGUUACGUUUGUGAUGAAUCUGCUUUCAUCAAAGUGCAGGGCGUUUAGUUCUGAGCAUAGCACUGUCAGUUAAUGCCUUAAAACCACACUGAAUCCAAACGUUUUUUAAGCAUUCCUCAGAUGUUUGUGGGUUUCUGAAAGUGUCAGAACGAGUGUGGAUCAUUAUGUGGGCUGAAAGUAGCUGAAUAAGACUCAGAGGGGUGCAGCUCAUGAUGUUGGGUAUGCUUGUAGAGACCAAACUAUGGGAAAGAGAUGAGUGGAAGAUAAUAAUAAAAAAAAAACAAUGCAAUGCAUUUGGCUUGAGGGCUGGUGGGAAAGGUCCUCUUUGAUGUGCCUGCCACAAAUAAACCUCCAGGAGCAGGACUGGAGUUGGCCUGAAAGAGUGAAACUCUGAUUCUGUGCAUUUUCUUUGCAAUCACGCCAAGUCAUUGCCAGAAAAAGAUGCACAUUCACUCUGAGAGGUGCAUUCUGAACAAAGCAGGGCUCUCGAAAAUCAAAUACAUAACUUUGAAGGCCAUGUACUGCAUUCAUUCUUGAAUCCAGGCAUGCAACGUUCACGUUUGACGCCAUCCUGAGAGUUUUCAUUUGGUUGCUAAGAAACUGUCCCCAAGGACGCAGCUCCACAGGUUUUUUUUUUAAUCUUUUUCUUUUCUAACCAUAGGUGAUGCCAUUUUUCUUUUUGCAAACACUAAUAGCCUUAAGGGGAGCAAAUAAAAACCUAUUUCUUCCUCUA